AUGGACAAACUGACAACUUCCGAACUCAAUCGUUUGAUCACUCAUGAAUCCCAGAACGAAUCAGACUCUGGCAAUGAUAUAGGGCACUUGUUGUCCUUUAUCUUCCAGUCCUUUAAAACUCAUUUACCUGCUGCAGACACCCUUAGACAUACAGACACAUCACUACUCUAUGACUCUACAACAAAAGCAUGGCCUUUAGCACUUCCUGUGCAAGGUCAGAGUAUCGAGAAGACAUUCCCAUUAUUCCUUAACUCCCUCAACAAAGCACUUGCCAAAUCCUUCUUGGCAUGCACUCUCCCACCGCUAUGGUAUGGUUUGCAUGCUACCAAACCCAUCAGAGAUGAUGUUAUUCAGUGCAAGCCCGAUCUCUGCUUAUUAAAUGAGGUGGAACUGCAGUGGAGGAACAUACUUGUUGUUGCUGAGCUGACCUCUAGCCAUUAUUCUCCUGAGGAGCAUGCCAGAAGGACGCUUGAUACGAAAGCAUGGCUCAUCUUCAGAGAACAGCCAUGGAGGCGCUUCGUGCUCUGUCUCUCCUUUUGCAAGGAGUACCGCGAACUUAGGGUACACAUAUAUGACCACUCGGGUGGGAUUGUGACCUGA